CGCCGGUCGCUCGGCGAAGGGCAGCCGGGCCCCGCCCCCUCCGCCGUCGCCGCCCUGAGACCGGCGCGGCGCCUUCCCCGAGGACAGUCUUCACUUUCCGUCCCUCCGCCGGAGUGACGCGGGUGACCCGCCCCGUCCCGUCCGACAGGUGCUGAGCAGCCAGUCGCCGAUUCUGACGCGGAGCUUGUGCACUGCCCCCCACAUCAGGCCCGUGCGUGUGGGUCGCCGGAGUUUAUCCUGGAGGAGUGCGGGCUGCGCAGGUACAAAACUCAAAACAUGAACAACGAUAUAUAUUACCAAUGUUCAAAGCUGAUUUGGCUAGAACUGGAAUACAGUUGUGUAGAACACAUUCCAGAGGAAUUAGAAAAGUCAAAGUAAUGGAUAACAGAAAAGAUCCUCCAUUCUUCAAUGAAGAUAACCUGGGGCCUUUGUACUACAAACUUCCUUUCUAUGAUACCAUGGAGCUCUUCAUUGAAACAUUGACUGGAACAUGUUUUGAGUUGAGAGUUUCACCCUUUGAAACUGUUAUUUCUGUGAAAGCAAAAAUUCAAAGAUUGGAAGGUAUUCCCAUCUGUCAGCAGCACUUAAUUUGGAAUAACAUGGAACUUGAAGAUGAUUAUUGCUUGAAUGAUUACAACAUUUCAGAAGGUUGUACCUUGAAGCUGGUAUUGGCUAUGCGUGGUGGACCUAUAAAUACUAGAAGAGUUCCUAUGGAAGAUCCACUUAAGGAGAUGGCUGAGUACAUGGAUUCCAGUCGAGAUGAGGUCUGGGAGAAGACCUCCUGCAACAAACAAGUUACGUUUUUGGUAUACCGGGAAGGAGAUCAAUUGAAUUUCUUUCGUGUAGUAGAUAGGGGAGAUGGCACUCUAACACCAUUAUCUGAAUCUUUAAGUGGUGGUUCUGUGUAUAAUUUAUAUACUGAUGAGGAUGAAGAAAUUGAGCCUUCUCCUUCUGGGCAACAGAUAAUUGAAAAUUCAAUAACUAUGAAUAAGAUGAAGCUGCUGAAGGCUAAGAUGGAGAACAUGAAUCUCAGCAAAAAGCCUAAGAAAGCUGUCAAGGUAAAACCUCGUCCACCUAUAGCUCCUCGACCUUCUAGUAGUUCCACGGCAGCUGCUCGCCACAGAUUGUUAAGGGUUCUCCCUCACAUUGGGCAGUCUUGUUUACCUUCUCCUGGGAGUAUGUGUCUACCUGAAUCUUCCAGCAAUGCAGUUUCAAGUUUGGCUACUCUGCCCUCUACUGAUAGACCCAAAUCAUCUAUCGAUAGCAAUUUUCUUAAGGAAGACGGUAACUGGGAGAGUAACACGCUGUCUCAUUCCAAUAGUAACAUCAAACUACCACCUCAGAUAUCCCAUACCGAGUUGGAAAAUGACAAAGAACUUGCUGAUUCUGUUCUCCAUCUUGGAUCACUCCUGCCUAGGCGGACAAAACACUUUUCAGGAAAUUUGUCAUCCAAUAAUGAGGAUGACACUACUUUAUUUACAACUUCAGAUGAAUGUGUAACUGAAGAAUCACUUCUACCUGAAGUGGGUUCAUUUGCUUCAUUUACAGAAGGAAACAUCGAUGAACAGAGCAGUGGCUUAGAAGGCACACGGAAGGUAAAUCCAGAGUUCUUACUCAGUAAUGGUGAUAAAGGGUUGAAAGCUGCAGAACAGCAUCUUAAACAUGUUGCAAGAAUGUUGAGCGACGAAUCAGUAGAAACUACAGUUCUCGACCACCAUGAAUUAAGUCCUCACAAGAAUAGACUCUUGUCACCUCUUCGCUGUUCUACACCAAUGUCAUUCCAUAAUUCUCUGAUGAAACCACAGAGACAAUCCAAAUGUUUUGAGUCUGGGAGUCUCCAGUCUUCUGCUUCACAAAAUAUGCUUCGGUCACUGGAUGUUCGAAAUACAACUGAUUCUUUCUCUAGGACUACUCGCUUUCGAGCUGUGAAAGUUGAUUCACCUGGGAAAAGAGCUGAUGUUAUUUCUAAAGUUGAGGCUCGGGAUAUCACAGAAAUGGCUAACAAGGCUUCCAAAGAGCCUGUUGGUUGUGUAAAUAAUAUAGGUUUUCUUGCUUCGCUGGCUCGGAGUGCAAGCAGAGAUAGCUUACAGAGCAUGCGUGGGGCAGGCAGGCUUCGGACCUCUGGAAUGGGGCUGUCUAUGAGCCUGCAGCAUUCUCAGGAAGAAAGCCUUAGGAAAAGUUCUCCCCAGUUAGAAUCUACAGAUUAUUUUCUAUCUGCCCGAGGCAUUGGAAUGAAUGGAAAUAACACAGCAGCAGGGAAAAGAGUAGUAGGAGAAUGUCCUCAUCACCUCCCACCUGUGAAAGCCUCAAUUCAAACAAAGAAGAAAGCAGCAAAGCAUUGUUUUCUCUGUGGAAAGAAAACUGGACUGGCUACUAGCUACGAAUGCAGAUGUGGAAACAACUUCUGCGCAUCUCACCGCUAUGCAGAAGCUCACGGCUGCACCUAUGAUUACAAGAGUGCAGGGAGGAGAUACUUACAGGAGGCAAAUCCUGUGGUUAACGCACCCAAACUUCCAAAAAUCUAGCUCUUGCUCUGCGCCUAGGAAUCGUAUUACAGUGGCAGAAGAAAUACUGUUUAGACUGCAUUAUAUUUGUUCGACUCCAAAAGAUUUGCCUAAUGACAAAAGCAUACAAUGCACACUGUUGGAGAAAGACUGCUACUAUAUUUGACAUCUUUAUUCUUUGGUGAAUCAGAUGUUUUAAAAGUAGUUUUAAAAACUU